AUGUAUACAACCCCAUCUGGACAUCAACCCACAGUCCCGUUGAUUAAUACAAGACCUUCCCACCAAGAUUCCACCAUUCGGCUAAAAAGGAUGGCCCUACCCACAUUCUCCGGACUUAGGAAAGACUGGCCAGAGUUCAAGGCAGUCUGGAAGUCGAUGGCUGAGUCUGCAAGUUAUAAUAAAACUGCAUUAGCACACGAACUUAAGAACUCAGUUAAAGGAGAAGCCAAACACCGCAUCAAAUCUGUUUUUGUCACCAAGCCCGAAGCUUACGACAUCAUGUGGGAAAAGCUAGAGUGUCACUAUGGAGAUACUACUGCUAGUGUACAAGCUGCUUUGGAAGAUCUUCAAAGGCUAAAACCUGUAAAAGAAGAUUAUAAAGCUCUGGUUGAAUUAGUGGAUGAAGUUGAAUCUGCCUACAGUCAAUUGGAAGAGCUCGACCAGCUAAACACUUUAACCAUGCGAGAUGUAGACAACCUAACUGAUUUGUUACCUACCCAUCUUAAAGUCGACUGGAGACGAAAGUAUCGUGAUUUAUCGUCUGCCGAGAAGCUUCAACCAUUUACUCCGCUAAUGAAGUUCCUAGACAGAGAACGUUCAGUUGUGGCUCGUUUAGCAGAGAAUCAGCAUUCUAAGAAAAGAGGAAAUGACAAUGCAAGAGGAUACAGCAAAACCUAUCAUGUUGAAAGAGGUGCAAAACACGGACAAAGAACCUACUACAAGUGUGCCUUCCCCACCCACAGAAAAGACACCAUAAAUCACACCACCGAACAGUGCAAAGAAUUCCAGAAGUUGUCCAUCAGCGGUAAAGAUGACAGAUAUGAGUUGUUGAAGCAGGUAAACGCUUGUUUCAAAUGUUUUGGUAAUCAUAGGAAGCUUAACUGCCCCAAAAAACUCCCAUGUUCCUCAUGUGGAAGUGACCAACAUCAUUCCCUGCUGUGCAUCCCACCAAAGCUCCCAAAAGAUUCCGGGGAGAAAUCGAAAACUGGAGAUGAUGGGAACAAGGAAUUAGCAUCCUAUACCGUAGAAAGUGAUUCAAUGGCAUUAUACCCUAUCCACCAAGCGACCAUUAGUGACAGUGGUAGAAAAGUGUCCGUCUUCUGUGAUGGAGGCUCUAACGCAAGUUAUAUCACUCAUAGUGCUGCGGAAAGAAUAAAAGCAAAGAAAGUUAAAAAACUCUCUCUUGACGUGACAACUAUGGGAAAUGUCGAGAAAACGUACAACACGUGGCAAUACGAGUUUCCAAUCAACACAAGUGCUGGAAAGAAAGUCACUAUUACGGCCUUUGGCAUGGAGCGAAUUACUGGACAAGUAAGCAAACUGGAUCCUAAAGUCCUGGUCAAGUUAUUUCCAGAAUAUGAUCCUGAAACACUCCAGCGAAAGUCAACACACGUGGAUGUCCUGCUGGGCUGUGAUUACUUCGGUCUCCAUCCAAAGCAAGAAGAAGCUAGAUGUGGCGACAAUCUAAGUAUCAUGAAUGGAGCAUUGGGGAUUUGCCUCCAAGGCGCCCAUCCAGAUCUGAUCGAAGAAACAAGAUAUGACACCAACCUCGCAAAGAAAAUACACGAUGUGAACGUGAAAGUGGAGACAUACAAGACACGCUUGAACUCACAUCCAGAGUUCCAUCCCAACCAUACCAGAGAAUGUUCUGUUAAUGUAUCGAGUUCCUAUAGUCACCGAAAGGACGAAAGCCAGAUUGACAAUUUUAUACAAGGAGAAGAACUUGCCACCGAAAUUUCUCCACAAUGUGGUGGAUGUCGCUGUAAUAAGUGCCCUACUGUCGGACACACUUACUCUUUCAAGGAAGAACAGGAAUUAAAACUGAUUCAAGAAAACCUCGAGUAUGACGAAGUUAACCAAUGCUGGAUAACCAGUUAUCCCUGGCUCGUAGAUCCACAAAGUUUACCCGACAAUUAUCACACAGCACUUGCUACGUUAGAAAGAACUGAAAGAACGCUUAAGAAAGAUGACCAAUGGGCUAAGACGUACAAGAGCCAAAUGGACGAUCGUUGUGUAGCAAGAAAACUAGCAUCCGAAGAAGUAAAGAGCUGGACUGGCCCGGUGUUCUAUAUCUCCCAUUUAGCAGUUGUAAACCCGCAUUCCAAUUCUACGCCCGUGAGAAUUGUGUUCAACUCCAGCCAAACCACAGAAUAGGAAGUUAUACCAGAAGCGUAACUCGAGCAAAUAUUUGUCCGCGUUUUUACAAGCGAUUCGUCAUCAAUCACGCCAUCCUGGCUAGUACAACCGGCACUUUGUACCUACCAAAUCCUGAUAAAACUUCCGGCUGUACUAGCCAGGAUGGCGUGGCCUGACGUGAGCGAGUUAAAAUUUUCGUGGACGUCAAACAAUAAGGGAAACGACUAGAGUUACGCUUCUGGUAUAACUUCCUAUUCUGUGGCCAAACGCACAAAGGUGUUUCAUUAAAUGCUUGUCUCGCAAAAGGUCCAGACAGCUACAUGAACAACUUGGUUGGUAUUCUUCUACGUUGGAGAGAAGAGUAGCGCUAAUCGGAGAUAUUCGAAAGAUGUUCAACUCGGUUUAUUUGAAGGCCUUGGAACAGCAUUGCCACCGUUUCCUAUGGCGAGAUUUACAGCAGCAUCGCCCACCGGACAUUUACGUAAUACAACGAGUCAAUAUGGGCGAUACACCAGGCCCCGCCAUCAGCACAGAAGCUGUCUACAAGACCGCGGAGUUGUAUCGAGAGGAUAGUCCACAAGCCGCAAAUCUCCUAAAACAUUCCAGUUACGUGGAUGAUUUGAUUGACUCACGGCCAAGUAAACCCGACGCGUUAAAGAUUGCCAAGGAAGCCGAGGAUAUCCUUGCCAAAGGAGGAUUUGCUGUAAAGUGCUGGCAAUUUAGUGGCGAAACACAACCUCGCGUGAAAGAAGAGUUGUUAAAAUUGGACCUGCCAGAAAAGAGUGUUGAAAGCUCAGACCAAGGACUAAUAAUGUUCAAAGGAACUGACGAAAACUUACGAGUGCUCGGUCUGGGAUGGAAUCCGAAGCAAGACACCAUCACCAAUGAAGUAACUUUGAAUUUCAGUAGCAAGAGACGCGGAGUUCGAACCGGUCCAAACCUGCUAGAAAGCGACCUACCAAGUGCAUUACCGAAUGUGUUAACCAGACGAAUCGUUCUUGAGCAAGUAAUGAAGAUUUAUGACCCACUCGGAUUAAUUUCUCCAUUCACAUUGAUGGGCAAGAUAUUCUAACGCGAAACCUGGUCCCGCAAGCUCGGAUGGGAUGACCCACUUCCAGCAGAACUUUGCAACAAAUGGUCCAAUUUCUUCACUGCUCUUUUCAAACUUCAGCGUUUGUGUUUGGAGCGAUGCUUACGACCUGUGAAUAGCAAUGGACGCCCUUGGUUAAUAAUCUUGAGCGAUGGUAGUGAUCUCGCGUAUGGCUUCGCAGCUUACAUUCGAUGGAAAUUGGAUGAUGGAAGCUACUGGUGUAGGUUGAUCAUGGCGAAGUGUCGUAUUGCUCCAAUCAAUAAGUUAUCUACCCCUCAGAUGGAGUUAAACGCAGCUGUUCUGUCGAAAAGAGGAAGAAAGGUCAUCGAGAAAGAAAUGAGGUUCGACUUCGAGAGAGUUUUACAAAUCGUGGACUCAGAAACAGUCUUGAGUAUGAUCCACAAGACAAGCACACGUUUCAAAGUUUACGAGGGAGUACGAAUCGGAGAAAUCCAAGCAGCAACUGAAGGAGAUCUGACUUGCUGGGCUUGGAUGUCUGGCCAACAUAAUACAGCUGACUGGUUGACACGCGGCAGAGCACCAGAGGAGCUGAACAACGAUUCUCAUUGGUGGAAUGGACCGCCGAUUCUAUACCGACCGAUAGAAGAAUGGGGAUUAAAGUUUAACCCAAAGAAAGAACCACUCCCCGGUGAAAAGAAAGUCCAUGUUGUAGCAGCAGCAGCGAGCGUAGAGGCAUUGUUGAUCGACUAUGAAAGAUUCAGCAAUAUCAACAAAGCUAUUUGGGUCGUCGCGAGAUUGCUAAACAUUGCGAAGAAAAGUUUUAAAGGCGGAAGGACUCUGUCCAUCUCGGUUAAGCAAUUACAAGAAGCCGAGAACUUUAUUGUUAAAGAAGUUCAGAAAUCAUUUGAAAGUGAACUGACAAAAACUGACCGCAAAGGCAGAAAAGGUGGUCGUUUCGCUUGUUUGAAUCCAGUCCAAGAUGAAAGUGGACUCUGGGUAGUGGGACAGCGCCUGAAAAACAAAAAUCCCAUGACAGUGGAUUCUUCGCUGCAAAAGCUAUUGCCCUACCGACAUCAUGUUACCAGACUCUUCAUGCAACGAGCUCACACUUCUGGUCAUAGAGGGCGUGAUGCAACCUUAGCACGAUUCCGUCAACUCUACUGGGUAACCCAAGGAAGCAAACUCGCUCAAUCAAUCAAGAGUAAAUGUCAGAUGUGUAAGCUACGAGAAGCAAAGUUCCUCGAGCAGCAAAUGGGACAAUUACCGGAAGCAAGAUUGAAACCAUCUCCAGCUUUCAACCACGUUAUGAUAGACCUUUUCGGACCCUACUCGGUUCGUGGAGAAGUACAGAAAAGAACAAGUGGUAAAGCGUACGGAGUAAUCUUCACAGAUCUAGUUAUGAGAGCAGUCCACAUUGAAGCUGUGUUCGGGUACGAUACCGAAUCAUUCCUAAUGGCCCUCAGCAGAUUCGUUAGCGUUCGUGGUUGGCCCGAAAUCAUAUAUAGUGAUCCCGGAUCACAACUAAUUGGUGCAGAAAGAGAACUCACGGAAACCUGGAAGAGCAUUGACCGACAAUCCCUACAUAAAAGUGGCACAGAGAAUGGAUUGACCUGGAUCUUCGGCCCCGCUGAUAGUCCUCAGUAAACACGAAGCUCUAGGAAGAUGUUCUGUGACUGGUUGAUCAUGACAAUGACAAAAGACGUAAUUUGGCCUACAUAAACAAAAGGAAUAUUGUCCUUGCUUCGUUCUUUAGAAAAUCCAUUCUAUAGCUUUAAUAUUGUCAUUGACUCAUUGUUAUAAUCAACCAAUCACAGAACAUCUUCCCAGAGCUUCGUGCUGACCCAUAGUCCUUGGUACCAAGGAGCUGUUGAAUCCCUGGUGAAGAGUGCCAAGAGAGCUAUUCAUUUCGCAAUCAAUAACCAACGUCUUUCAGUCCAAGAGUUCAUGACGGUGUGUAGCGAAGCCACGAACCUCCUCAAUGAAAGACCUAUCGGAACCCUCCCGGGCGCUGAUUCCGAAUUAAACAUCCUUACUCCCAACAGCUUGUUACUGGGCAGAGCAACGGCGAAGAAUCCUGGUGGAUGGCAGCCUAACGGUAAUAAUCCAGGAAAGCGUUAUCAUGUUGUCCAGAUCGUGACAGACGAGUUCUGGAAGAAAUGGACGGAGUUAUACGCCCCAGCCUUGGUUAUUCGUCGCAAGUGGAAUACAGCCAACCGUAACCUGCGCCCAGGAGAUGUUGUAAUAAUCGCCGACCGUAAUACCUUGCGAGGAUAUUACCGUUUAGGUAUAGUACAAGAAGUGUUUCCCAGUCAAGACGGAAAAGUUCGUCGAGUAAAUGUCAUGUACAAGAAUUUUCAAAUUGGAGAAAAGGUACAAAAAUACAAAGGACAUAACGAGGCUGUCAUUGUGUCACGAAGUGCUCAGCGAUUAUCGUUAUUAGUACCCGUGGAUAUGAAUCAAGACCAGGAAACCAAGUCGGAAGCAAAAGAGAGUGUAUGA